AUUUUUGCCGGGGGCUCGACCAAUGAAAAAAACCCUCCGCAAACUAAGUCGCCAGCGACGACAGCAAAACCGGAUGUUUGGCUGAUUUUCUUUAUAAAAUAAAAGCUAACACAGACAAGUUUGUGUGGUGGAGGUAGGAACGCCUUUAAUUUAGCAACAAUAACCGGAAGUGCACUUGUUCUAGUUUGUAGUGCUGGUAGCUGGCGCAAAAAAGGGGAGCAGGAUGUAGCGGUACAAGUAUCGGGCUCGCUUCACAUCAAUCCGGCCAUCAGAACUCCCUCUCGCUCUUUAUGUCGACGCGGUGAGUCAGGUCUGGGGGAUGGGUGUAGUAAGGGCUGGUUGCAGAGACGACUAACGGUUGAAAAAUGUCCAACAUCCUCGAUGCGGCGUCUAAAGUGAGAUGGGACCGCACGGCCGCGGCGAAGCGAGCAGUGUUUCUGGCGGCUGCUGCAUACGGUGUCAGAACGCUGUACCCCAUCAUCUGCAAGCAGCUCUGCAAAAACAAAGAUCCUGGGAGCAAUCACCGGGCUUCAAAGGCGGAGAACGGCUCCACUUGCUCGGGAAAUACUCAAACGGAUCCCGUGAUUGAUAGGAAAGCAUCCCCGGGGGUAAAUGCUGAUUUUUUCAAGCAGAUGCUGGAACUUGGUAAAAUCCUCUUUCCCAAGCUCGUUUCCAGAGAGCUUGCUUUGCUCUCUUUGCACUCGGUGGCGCUGAUAUCUAGGACGUUUCUGUCUAUUUACGUUGCCAGCUUGGACGGCAAGAUAGUCAAAACGAUCGUGGAGAAAAAACCCAAACGCUUCAUCAUCCAGCUGAUCAAAUGGCUCCUCAUUGCAAUCCCGGCCACGUUCGUCAACAGCGCCAUCCGGUACCUGGAGUGCAAACUGGCUCUGGCCUUCCGCACCCGGCUGGUGAACCAUGCCUAUCGGACCUACUUCACCGAUCAGACCUACUACAAAGUCAGCAACAUGGACGGGAGGCUCGCCAACCCGGACCAGUCUCUCACCGAGGACGUGAUGAUGUUCUCCCAGUCCGUGGCCCAUCUCUAUUCGAACCUCACCAAGCCUAUACUGGAUGUGAUGCUGACCUCCUACACGUUGAUUCAGACCGCCAGGUCCAGGGGGGCCAACGCCUCCGGUCCGACGCUGCUGGCAGGGCUCGUGGUGUUUGCCACGGCUAAAGUCCUGCGUGCAUGCUCGCCCAAAUUUGGCAAGCUGGUGGCCGAAGAGGCUCACAGGAAGGGCUACCUGCGCUAUGUGCACUCUAGGAUCAUUGCUAAUGCUGAGGAAAUCGCUUUCUACAGAGGACACAAGGUGGAGAUGUGUCAGCUGCAGAAGUGCUACCGGGCCCUGGCGGACCAGAUGAACCUGAUCCUGUCCAAACGGCUCUGGUACAUCAUGAUCGAGCAGUUCCUCAUGAAGUACGUGUGGAGCGGCGCCGGGCUCGUCAUGGUGGCCGUGCCCAUCAUCACAGCCACCGGCUUUGCUGACAGCGAAACAGCUGACGGUCAGACCCAGGUGAUGGUGAGCGAGAGGACGGAGGCGUUCACCACCGCACGUAACCUCUUGGCUUCAGGAGCUGAUGCCAUCGAGAGGAUCAUGUCCUCCUACAAAGAGGUCACGGAGCUGGCAGGCUACACUGCGAGGGUCCACAACAUGUUUGUCGUAUUCGAGGACGUCCAGAAGGGCAUUUACAAGCGCUCUUCUGUGUCAGCCACAACAACGACAGAGAAGAAGAGCAAGCCUGAGAUGCACAUAGAUGGACCGCUGGAAAUAAAGGGCGAAGUGAUUGAUGUGGACAAGGGCAUCGUGUGUGAGAACGUCCCGAUUAUCACACCAAAUGGAGACGUUGUAGUAUCUUGCCUAAACUUCAAGGUGGAAGAGAGCAUGCACCUACUGAUCACAGGGCCUAAUGGUUGUGGAAAAAGCUCUCUGUUCAGGAUCCUCGGCGGCUUGUGGCCUGUCUACGGCGGCCGGCUACACAAACCCUCCCCUCAGCAUAUGUUCUACAUCCCUCAGAGGCCAUACAUGUCAGUAGGUUCACUGCGGGACCAGGUGAUCUACCCAGACUCGGUGGAGGACAUGGCUGCCAGAGGAAUGAGUGACAAGGACCUAGAGGCCAUCUUAGCCAUAGUCAACCUCAAUCACAUUGUCAACAGAGAGGGAGGCUGGGAUGCUGAGCUGGACUGGAAGGAUGUGCUGUCAGGAGGUGAGAAGCAGAGGAUGGGCAUGGCCCGCAUGUUCUACCACAGGCCUAAAUACGCCCUGUUGGAUGAGUGCACCAGCGCUGUGAGCAUUGACGUGGAAGGAAAGAUUUUCCAGGCCGCCAAGGAUGCCGGCAUCUCCCUGCUCUCCAUCACACACAGACCCUCCCUGUGGAAGUACCACACCCACCUGCUGCAGUUUGACGGGGAAGGAGGCUGGCGCUUUGAGCAGCUGGACACGGCAACGCGCCUCUCCCUCACCGAGGAGAAGCAGCGGCUGGAGGCCCAGCUGGCCGGCAUUCCCGAGAUGCAGAAUCGCCUCAACGAGCUCUGUAAGAUCCUCGGAGACGACUCUGUCCUAAAAACAGCUGAGGAGUGAUGGGGGAGGUGUGAGAAGAGGCCCAAGGGGGUAAAGGAGGAUUGAGCGAGGAGAAAAGAAGAAGCUGGGGGCGGUGGAGGAGGAGGAGAUGCGAGGCAAUGAAAAGGCAAAGAAAUCCGUUUGUUAGUACGAAUUUUUUUCCCGUUUUUUUUUCUUUCGCCCUGAGCCUCUCGGUAAAGCAGGGGAGCUCUUAAUGGCAGGUUUGCCUCUGAGCUCUCCCUUCUCUCCCCUCUCUGUCUUUUCACCCUCUCCUUUGCCCUGCUCCAGUCUGAGAGGCAGGGGAGAGUGAAGUGCAUUCGCAAGUAUUCCUGCUGCUUGUAAUGCACACUGUUUGCUUCCACUGCUCAAAGUGGCGUGGCUGAUACACCCAAAUUAACCAAGACGAUGAAUUUGUUUGUUUUGUAGCACUUUAUUCUGCUUUCAGAGGUGUGCGUGUCAUGGUGGCUCUGGGAGCUGCUAUUUAGCUGGAAAACCUUUUAAAGGUUAGAGCCACUCUGAUGUCCAAAGCAGUAUUCCAGUUUAGCAGCAGAUUUUAGUUUUCCCGAAUGUAAUGUGACCCUUUUUUUUUUUUGCAGAGCCACAGUACAAUCUGUUUCUUUAUACCGCACGUUAGCUUUGUUAGGUUGCACGUCCAUGAACCACUGGUACAGGCUCAGAUGCCGACUCUAUUAUUAGAACGAUUAGUGACGCAGGUCUGACUCCAGAACUAUAAGUUUCUGGUUUAUUGAACAAAUACAAUGAGAUAAAGAGGUCCAGUGAGGAAGGGCAAGCUCAUCCUGCUCGGAGAGGGUUUUUUUAGCAGAUGAGUGCACACACACACAAAAGGAUAUCAAAUUAGAGGAAAAACAAUAACAGUAAUUAGUAGUGACCAUAUAAAGCUCUGGAAAUCUGCUGGAGAGGCGCACGCUAGUCAUUGUAGAUAGUAGAUAGUUCAUGAUUUGGUGUUUUGACAAUGUGGAGUUCUGUUUAAGGCAAGUCGUUUCAUACUCCAUAGACAGCAUUCAUAUUUGCCAAUCAGUGAAAGGAUGACUUUGUGUGUUUAAAUACUCUACCAUGUUCCAGAAUAUUCUCCACGUUACAGCUGUUUAAAAUUAUUAAGUUAUAAUAGAUAAUAGGUUGUUUUACACGUGAAGUUGCUGGUAACAAAGAUGGAAAGUUGUGAUACUGUUAAAAUAAUGUUUUCCUGCGUGGUGACGGUAACUUGCGAUUACAGCUGCUUUUACAUAUGUAGUCUCUUUACGCGGUUCGAACCUGGAAUGCUCCUGUUUGAUAUGGUUCACGAGACGCAAACAGGACUGCCUUUGCUUUUCAGAUUGGGCUGAGUUAAAGGGGACCAAUUACGGUUAUUCUGAUGUUCUAAUAAUAUUUUUACUCUAGCGUAGCUUUGCAUGAUUCACAGUUCAAAAUAAUCCUUUUUUCAACCUGAAAAGCUGUUCAAGCUUCUUUCUCUUAAAGGCCACCCGACCUUUGAGCCAACUUUACUCUGAUUGGCUGCCCCUCACACGCAAGCCUGAACAGCAGGUGGGUGGGGCUUUAGUGCCUGAGAUUACUCUAUAAGGAUAUCCUCAUUCUGGAAAAGGUAACAACCACCUAGCUCUCCUUUGGCUCAUAUAGAUCAGUAGAAGAGCUUUUGGCUGACAGGGAUUGUUUGCACAUAUUAGAAACUUUGGUCAUGUUCAGUAUGAGCCUCCCUCAUGUUUUAAUGGUGUGGCAGAAAAUCUGUAAAUGUAAUUUUUAUUUGUGACACAUUAUGUUAAUUAAAACAGGAGAAACACUGGACUUCUCUGUGAAACUGUUGCACUGUGCUGGAUAUAAGCCUCUAACAGUGCCAGUUUCAUGCCUGACUAACUAGCACAAUCUAAUGAUACCAAGCCAUUUCUCUGAUUAUGAUACCACUAUAUUGUUAAAAUGCCUCUGUUUGGUUAACAUUCCACCAUAUGUGUGUUCAGAGCCUCAGAGCAUGGACAAUCAGGUACGUCAUCAACAAGUGCACUGCUGUAUUUCCGUCUACACAAGGACUUCUUAGAAUCCUCAGACAAAAAUGGCUAAAUGACUUCUAAGCAAGCAGCCAUUAAUCUAAUCUUUUAUGGAACCUUUAAUGUAUAUUGUUGGGUUUGCAUGCCAGGAUUUGCCUGAGCCCCAGCUGCGUCCCUACCAUGCUUACAUGCCAGCAACGAAACCUCCCCUCUUGGCUUUUAGGGAACAGUUUAAGAAAAGAACUUCAGAGCAUUUAGAUGCAGCGCUGCUCUGCUCAGGGUGAGAGCUGCCAGGUUUCUGUCGGACAAACCCCCCCAAACCCCAAAGAAAUGUGACUGGAAAGCAAAAACGGAUUUUGAAGAUUUGAGUCACUUCUUUUCUUUAAUGUCUAAAGGUCCUAUCUGGGAUGUUCUCUCUAUUAAAGAGACUGUUUUCUUCUGGUACGUGAGAGAGAGCAUCACGGGAAUCACCACAGCCUUGCAAAAACAGCAAAAUGGCAUACGUUUCUGACCCGAAACACGAUCGUUUUGUUCAGUCGGACUCUGUUGACAGGAAGGCGCACGAUCCGCUGAAUGACACAAGAGUCUGCCGAGUAAAACUGGAACAAGGUCGGCUCAAAGAAGUGCCUGACAUUUUCACAGGCAUGGCGAGACGAUAAAUCCAGUAUUUCAUCUUGAAUGGGCAGGAGAAGAAAUGAUGAGGUGUCUUCUUCUUCUUUUGUCAGAUUUUUAUUUUAUUUAUUUUGGUUUUCUUUGCUUCAUUAUCGUCCAAUCAUCCUGCAAAACUGAACCUAACUGAGGCUAAAACCCACUCUUUUACUGUUGAGUGGAGUAAUUCAUUGAUGACAACGCAUGAUAGGGGACAGGAUAGUGAAUAUUGGUAUCAGCUGGACGUAAAAUUCACCUGCUGGUAACUAGCAACACAGAGAAGGCAAUAAUCUGACAGUGUAGUGGUCACAGCUUGUUUCUACUGCCCCCAAGUGGCCAAAAAAGUUAAAGCAGCUCCAGUGUUUGUGGUAGCGUUGGUCCUGGUCUAACUAUGAACAGUGGCGGUCCUAGCCUGUUUGGCGCCCUGGGCGAACACUCCCUCUG